UGGGUGGCUUAUCUGAUGCGGAGUCAACUAUAUAAUCAAAAGCCCUGUGAGAAUCUUUAAAGAUCUGUUCUGCUAUCGUCGGUGAGCAUUGUCUUCUACAACAUUUUCUGAGCCAAAAAUACGCAAGAAAAAAUGGCAAACGGACAGCAAAUAACAAAGCUCAAUGUCUCCUGCUCUAAGGAAGAAGAGGAAACACUCGGAAAACAAGGUUAUCAGUUCAUCAAUGUUAACCUCAAUGAAGGUACUUCAGGAAACCGGGUCCUUCUUUGGUUCAAGAAAGAGUGUGGCCAAAGUCCUGUGACCAGAAUCCAGUUUUCAUUCAAUGACCAGAUGAAAUCUGGUCUGGCUGAUGCUGGGUAUGAGCUGAUCAAUCGUGAUCUGAAUGCCGGAGUUUCUGGAGAUCACAUUUUUCUGUGGUACUUCUAUGGCAGCACUGAAUGUGACAUUCCUAUUGUGGACCUUGCGAUGAGCAAAGACGCCCGAGAAGAACCUGCUCUUCUGCAAAAUGGCUGGGAGAGACUGGGCAUUGAUCUGAACCGUAAUGCCGGAGGAAACUUUAUCUACCUGUGGGUGCAGAGAGCGAAGCCGAGCUACAUACGUGAGAUCACAGCAACUGUUGACUUCACUUCUGACAAGCACAUGUUUGAACUUGGAUACACUCGUGUGGAUGAAGACACCAAUCGGGGCGGUCGUGGAAACUACGUCUUCCUCUGGUAUCGGCGCACAACCGAUAAGAAACAGGCUCUCACUGCUCUUGAGGUAUCCACCUCCCUCCAGGAGCAGGUGAAGCUUCAGAAGGAAGGCUAUACAAUCCUCAGUGUUGAUCUCAAUAAGGGAACCAGUGGAGAAGCUGUCUAUGCAUGGUACCAGAAAAAGGGAUGUGAAUCUCAGAUCCAGGCCAUGGUUCUGCUGAUCAACUCUGAUGCCUGGAGUGAGUACAAGAAAGCUGGUUUCCACAUAAUCGAGAAAAAUCUGAACAAGGGUAACAACGGCUGGAUAAUAUACAUAGCCUACAACUAAAAACACGGAAUCAUGCUGCCAUCACAGGAUCUUCUUCAGUUAUCUAAUUGGUAGCACUAUAUGGCAACUAUAAGCACAAUUGUUUCUAAUGUAUGAUUUCAAUGUCACUCAUAUUUGUCAGCAUAUUGUGACCGUGGCUGUUGUACUACACUCAACCACACACAUUUAAUUUGGCCUUUGUGUUUCUGUUGUAAUGCAUUAUGAAAUAAAGUCAACUUUA